UCGUUGAAAGCAAGGGGCAGGGGGCGCGGUUGGCGAGUGCUGCAGGCCCAGCCUCAGCUGGACCCUUCUCGUUUCCCGGCCAAGCAUCACAGGAUUUCACACACGACACGCGUACGCACACUCCUCUCUAGUCACACUAAAGAACAUGAGACGUUGACACGCUUCACUUCCAGCUCCAAAGAACGAUUGCAGAAAAAGAUACGCUACAUUUUCCACGCUAUUUGCUAACUUUUGAUUUCUGCUGGAAGCGAUGAACUCGUCGGGCAGUCGCCCCUCUAGAUUGGGCAGGAACCCCUUCGUUCAUAAACUAAGAUUCAGCACGACAGACAAAAUAAAGAUUGGACUGAUGUCUGUAACGGUGUUUCCAGUGCGACUACUCUUGGUAUCCUUUCUCAUGCUGCUUGCUUGGCCCUUCGCUUUCGCAGCCUCGCUGGGGCGCAGCGAGUAUGUUCUUGAGCCACGGUCAUGGUGGAGAAGUCUUGUUUGUUGUGUUCCUUACAGUUUUAUACACGUUUCCCUAUUUGUCAUCAUGCGAGUGAUGUGGUUUUGUGGAGGUUUCCAUUGGAUUAAGGUGAAGGGGGAACGGGCUGCGCCAUCUGAGGCCCCUAUCAUCAUCGUUGCACCACACUCCUCAUAUUUUGAUGCCAUCCCAGUCACCUGCACCAUGUGUUCCAUUGUUGCCAAACUAGAGAGUGGCAGUAUUCCCGUCUGGGGCACCUUGAUCAAGUACAUCAGACCAGUGUUUGUAUUCCGCUCGGACCAGGAGUCCCGGAAGCAAACCAUUGAGGAGAUCAAGAGGAGAGCGGGUUCUGGAGGGAAGUGGCCUCAGAUCAUGAUAUUUCCAGAGGGGACGUGCACCAACAGAUCGAGUCUUAUUUUAUUCAAGGCUGGUGCUUUCAUCCCAGGCUUCCCAGUACAACCAGUGGUUCUGCGAUACCAAAACAGACUGGAUACAAUUUCAUGGACGUGGCGAGGGCCUGGAGCAUUCAAGCUCCUUUGGCUCACGUUGUGUCAACCCCACAAUGCCAUUGAGAUAGAGUACUUGCCAGUAUAUACUCCAUCUGACGAGGAGAAGAAAAACCCAAAUCUUUUUGCCAGCAAUGUCAGAAAAAUCAUGGCCAAAGCCCUGGAGGUGCCGAUCACAGAUCUGUCAUUUGAGGAUCGUGAGAUCAGUUUUUCUCAGGGACCCCUGUGCAUCCACAAUCCUAGUAGCCUACUGGAAUUCAAUCAGCUUGUCCGACGUUUAAGGCUGAAUAGCACAGACAGCCUGCUGAAGGAGCAAGCCUGCAGAGCCAGGAAGUUGCAAAGACAUCAGCUGAGUGUAGAAGACUUUGCAUGCUUUCUUCACCUGCCUGUCACAGAUGUACUUCAACAGGUUUUCAACCUUUUUGCUAAGGAUGAAGAGGGACACAUAGACAUCAGACACUUUCUCAUUGCCUUGUCUACCAUUCACCGACCAUCAAGGUCAAUGGAGACCCUCAAGCUGGCCUUCGGGCUGUAUGAGAACGAGGACAGCGGCGAGGUCCAUGAAGACGAGCUGGCCUCCACACUUGAAAUAAUGUUGGGGGUGAAAGAAAUGGAAUUGUCAGUGUUGCUUAUGGAGCUCGAUAGAAUAGACACUGAAAAAAUUACAUAUGACGAACUUUAUCAUUUCAUAGAACAGCAUCCACGCUUUGUCCAGGACUACCUCGACUUCAAAGACCACCCUCGCAAAUUUUGUAUACGUCGCCCGAAAACCUCCAAUGGCCAGAACCAUGACAAAGACCACUGAAAACAACUAUUCAGCCCAACUAUUUGUCUUCACUUUCCUUGGCUGCCACUUAAGUGCCUUUACAGGGACGGAUAAUAAACACUGAAUGGAAGUGAAGCAAACAAGUGGCGUGGAAGGCUUUCUGGAUGUAUCAAAGCACUGUGCAUGAUUUUUUUCUCUGAGAUUUGUUUUAUAAGUCUACAAGCGAUUAUUUAUUCAUGGACUCCUUUGCGCAGUUUCUGCGGAAGAUUAAUAAAUUGUCUCAGGAUACAAAAGGUUUUUAUCCAACGUGUCUUGAUAGUUUGUUAAAUGGAACCAGAUCACCUUCAUAUAUCUGAGGGGGAAAAUGUAAAAGAGGACUCAGUCGCUAUCUUGUAAAAUGAGUUUUUAUUACUGUUGUAUAUUAUUUUUAUUAUGUGUUUUCAUGGUGGUUUCACAAUUUUGAUAUAGCUUAGUCGUGUUCUCAUUUGCAUUUUGACAGUUUAAACAAAGACAGCACUGUAAAAGUUUUUCUUGGGAGGUGGUCUUGGUUUUUAACUGGAUCAAUGUGCUUUGUAUCAUGACUCCAGUAUAAAAAUAGUAAUUCAAAAAAACCAAUAAAGUAUAUGUUUUUAUUUUUAAGACAAAGUAUAGCACUUUUGUUUUUCCACGU